GCCGUGUAGAUUGAUUUAUGACUCUCUUGACCUACAUUGAGUAUUUUGCUCUCCAAGCAGACGUUCGACGCCGGCUGUUUUUUAUGUUUUAGGCGAUUUGUACUUGUAGGGCUUUCUAUUUUGCACCAUUUUCUUAAUGUCCGUCUGGGCGAUGGACAUAAGAAAAGGGUGAAAAAAUGUAAAGCCCUACAAAAACGCCUAAAUACUCAUCACAAGCAAACAUAAUUCUUCUUGCUUGAGGUAAUGGUGGUUCCAGAAGUGGCAAGUUGUAAAAGUUUUACUAUUAUUAGCAUUAACUGAAAACUUUAACUUAUCCACAGCCUCAGAACUGCAGCCCCCGGCAUCAACACAAGCAUCUCCCAGCAGGAAGCAUGAUGACUGUCUCAGGACCUAUCAGGUGUUUGUCAAAGACCUGAAAGGAGCGACCAGGUGUGCAGAUGUGCGGGAGGGAAGCACAGUGGAGGAGCUCAUGGCACAUCUGCAGAGGGAGAAGAUCCUACCUCCUGGAGGAUCCUUGUUUGCAGGGCCAAGAAAGCUGAAGAAAAGUCAGCUAAUGGAAAAUGUGCCCUGCAACAUUGAGGUAGUGCUGGCCCUGAAUGGAGGAGCACCACCAAAAGCUACAAAACCUGGAAAGAGAGACAGUGUGAAAUCCCAGACAGGAAAAUUGGUGCAAAGUUGGUUGAGUGGCAAUGUGAUUGAAACAAAAGGUUCCAAAGUGAAUGCUGAGGAGCUCAGGAGGAGAAUUGAGGAGUCUAUGCCUGAGGGACAUAACUUGUCUAAACAACAGUUGGGAAGGAUCUUGUCAGCUAUCUAUCAACAGAGGGGUGUCCAGACGGAAGAAAGUAGACAAGCGAAAGGUUUGCCCUGGUUGCCACACGAACUAUAGUUCUCAAGCCUUUCGGAACCAUCGGUCACGUUUCUAUCAUGAGGAUUCCAAGACGUAUAGCUGUGUAAAAGUGGAUCACCAAGAAAGCCAUUGUCCUGAAAUGGAUUAUGAGCCCAGUAUUACUACACCUGUAUCAGAGUUUGGAAAUGAUACAGCCAAUUCUGUAACUGCCUCUGAGCCUUUAGAUGAGGGUAGGAGAUUGAAAAGGACAAAAAAUCAUGCAGAGGAGGAUAUAUCAUCAUUUUAUGAUGUGGAUGAAUCAUUGCAGGAACAGUCAGAGUCAGAAGAUGAGGAAAUUUGGGUAGAGAAUAGUGGCCUUGCUGGAAAUGUUAACAUUGAAGAAGAGGUUGAAAACAGUUAUUCAAAUGAUCAACACAGGCAAAUGUCAGGAUUGAUAACAUGUCUACUGCAUUGGUUGUGCUGGUUUAUUCUACUGUGGCAGGCCAAACAUUUCAUUUCAGACACUGCAGUUGAUCAGUUAUUCCACUUCAUUGGCCAGUGGUUUGAUAUUGCAUCAAAGCAUUCCUCUUUUAUUGCUGCACUGUCACCUAUUUUCCCUGGAUCUGUAUACUUGGCGUGGAGACAUUUGAACUAUAGGACUGACCAUUUUAUCAAGUAUGUUGUGUGCCCUAAAUGUUGUACUUUAUAUGAUUACAGUGACUGCAAGUAUGUUUUACAU